GGUUUUAAUCACAUUACCAUCCCUACAAAUAGCCGUUCAUUAGUUUCUCAUGCAGCAAGAACACAUGGAGCUACCAAAGAAGCCAUGGUUGGAGAUAUUGGAGCAAUGCAAAAUUGGUCCCUCCCCUUCACCGCCCACUCCCUUCUCUCUGCCACUCACUCUCUUCGAUCUGAGCUUCUUUUCAGCACCUCCCACACAGCACAUUCUCUUCUACUCCUUAUCUCCCCAUCAGCUACUUCACUUGGAUUCAAUACUCUUAAACCUCAAACACUCUCUCUCCCACGCCCUCUCCCACUUUCUCCCCCUCGCCGGAAGCCUCGUUUGGCCGCCUCAAUCUCCGGACCCCUUUAUUCUUUACAACCCUGGCGACUCUGUUUCCCUCACUAUUGCUAAAACCCACGCUGAUUUCCACCUCCUCUCUUCAAAUCAUGCCCGGAAGGCAACCGAAUCCCAUUUCCUCGUACCCCAACUCCCAACAUCCGACACCAUUGCUCCAGCCAUGUCUCUCCAAAUCACUUUAUUCCCCAAAAGUGGGUUUUGCAUUGGCAUCAUAACCAACCAUGUGGUUUCUGAUGCCAAAACAUCCACCAUGUUCUUGAAAUCAUGGGCUUCCAUUUGUAGUACACUCAAUAAUACUAAUAAUAAGAAUCCCCCCACGUUGCCGUCUGAGUUGACACCAUGUUUUGAUAGAACAUCCGCCACGGAUCCAAAUGGGUUGCAUACAAUUUAUGUUAAGUCUUUUGAAAUCUUUGUCCCUAAAUUACUUGGACUUGCCCCGAAAGAGGUCAUCUCGGAUGAUGUGGUGUAUGCCACGUUUGAGCUUACUUGCAUUGACAUAGAGAAGGUGAGGAGAAGAGUGGUAGCAACUUCUUCAUCCACUCCUCGUCGUUUAACCACUUUGAUGUUGGCGUUUUCUCUUGCCUCGACUUGCAUUGUCAAAGCGCAGCGAAUUGCACCCGAAUGUAAGAUAGGGUUGAUCUUUCUUGUGGAUUGGCGGGCUCGUAUGGAUAUGCUAGGAGGGCUCAAUUAUUUUGGUAAUUGUGUAAGUGCGUAUGGAGUGUUUGCUGAAGCGAGGGAGUUAGAGGAAGAAAAUGGGAUGGCGAUGAUUUCAAAUAAGAUUAGUGAGGAAAUAGAGGAGAUAGAGAAGAAUGGGAAGGAGAACAAAAUAGUGGAAAUGUUGGAAGCAAUUUCGGAGAGAUGGAGGAAAGAGAUGCCCAUUGAUAAGCUUAUUAUAGUGGCGGGAUCACCAAGGCUUGGAGUUUAUGACAUUGACUUUGGUUGGGGAAGGAGUAAGAAAGUGGAGCAAGUUUCCAUAAGCCCUAAUGGAGUUUUUUCAAUGGCGGAGAGUAGAAAUGGGGAUGGGGGAGUUGAGCUUGGAAUUGCUCUUCCACCUCAAGCUAUGGACAAGUUUUGCUCUCUAUUUUCAGAGACGGUGAAAGGCUAUGUUGAUUAGUGGAGAUAUCUACACUACAAGGCCUCUUCUAUGUGUGUUUUUGGUGGUUUCUCUUAAUUAUCUAUUAAGGUCAUGACAUCAUCAAAUAGUGUCUCCACGUUUAUUUGUCUAUUGUCGUAUCUAUUUGUAUUAAGAAGGAA